CCUCUUCUCGUUUCAAUUUCAUCACUCAAUCUUAUUGUUAGCCAGAAUCAGAUUGAGUACUGGCGUUUGCAGAGACUAUUCGAUAUGGAGGGAUUUUGAACUUGGAUGUGCCGUUUAUUUCAUAGUUGAUCGAUAGAGGCAUACAUUCGCCAUCAUUUCCCCCUGCUGACCGACGACUACACCUGGAGUUCCGCUCCUCACCCAAGGACUGUUGACCUCCAAUUAGCCUCCCAAAUCCCCUAGAUAAUAAAGAGCGAGGAUGAAAGAAUUCGAAGACCGCGAGGACUCGGAGUUCCUUCCAAUGGCCCGCCCACGCUCCUCAUCAGCCGCCUCCCAGACCUCCGACGACUCCGGAUUAUCUAUUGACUCCGGCCUCUCACAAGAAACAAAGUAUAACCUCGGAUCGCCGAAUACAUUUGGGGACCGCGAAGGACCAAGGUAUCGCGAUGAAGAGGAUGGGGAAUUAGGCGAUAACGAGUCGUUACUACCUUCAUCUAAGACUUCCUCCAGUGGUCGCGUGCGUCGGAUACUCUGGUUGUUGGCGCUACUUUGCUUGGGCGGUUGGGUGCUGGCGUUCAUAUUGUUCUUAACAAAGGGGCGCUCGAAUCCCCAAACGGCUUCAGAUGCGCUGCAGUUGAAUGAACCUAGUUCCCACUCGUUGAGCACUAGCUCGGGGAAACCAAUUACACUGGAACAGGUGCUCACUGGUCAAUGGGCCGCAAGAUCGCACGCGAUUUCUUGGAUUGCUGGUCCUGACGGUGAGGAUGGCCUGCUGGUGGAGAGAGGAGAAGAUGGAGGGGAAGGUUACCUGCGAGUCAACGACGUCGGUGGCCUGGAAGAUGAUACGCGGGCUCGAACUCAAACUAGCAGGGUGUUGAUGGAAAAGCCCGAGGUAAAGGUCGAUGGAAGGAUCGUUUGGCCUACCACCACACAUCCUAGCCCAGAUUUGAAGAAGGUGUUGCUUAUGUCGGAGGAGGAAAAGAAUUGGAGACAUUCCUACACAGGCAAGUAUUGGAUCUUCGAUGUCGAGACCCAGACAGCCCAACCUCUGGACCCCGAGGCUCCUGAUGGGCGGGUGCAGCUUGCGAUCUGGUCACCAAAGUCCGAUGCCAUCGUUUUUGUAAGAAACAAUAACAUGUACCUUCGAAAGCUGUCCUCUAAGAGCGUCAUACCGAUCACCAAAGAUGGUGGUGAGCAGCUUUUUUACGGCGUCCCAGACUGGGUUUACGAAGAGGAAGUCUUCUCAGGAAAUAGCGUGACUUGGUGGUCCGGAGAUGGGUCAAAGAUUGCAUUCAUGCGCACGAACGAGUCUGCUGUUCCUGAGUUCCCUGUCCAAUAUUUCUUGUCUAGGCCCUCCGGGAAGACCCCCCCUCCUGGGCUUGAAAAUUAUCCCGAAGUGAGGGAGAUCAAGUAUCCCAAAGCCGGUGCGCCGAACCCCACGGUGAAUCUUCAAUUCUAUGACGUUGAGCGGGAUGAGGUUUUCUCCGUCCAUGUCCCUGACGGCUUUCCGGAUGAUGACCGCCUUAUCAUGGAAGUUUUAUGGGCAAAUGGAGGCAAUGUCCUCGUCCGGACGACUAAUCGAGAAAGUGAUAUUGUCAAGAUAUUUUUGAUUGACACUGACGCUAGGGAGAGCAAGCUCGUCAGAGUCGAAGAUGUCUCUGAACUUGAUGGUGGAUGGGUGGAAGCAACUCAGUCUACGAGAUUUAUUCCUGCUGAUCCCGGCAAGGGCCGACCCUACGAUGGAUAUUUGGACACAGUGAUCUGUGAUGGAUACGAUCACCUGGCCUUUUUUACUCCCCUUGAUAAUCCGGAGCCGAUUAUGCUCACUUCCGGCCAGUGGGAGGUUGUAGACGCCCCUACUGCUGUUGAUCUGAACCGUGGCCUAGUAUAUUUUAUUGCGACCAAGGAAUCGCCAACACAGCGCCAUCUCUACAGGGUCCAACUGGAUGGCUCAAAUAUGCAGCCCUUGACCGACACCUCGAAACCAGGAUACUACGAGGUCUCCUUCUCACACGGAACCGGGUAUGGUUUGCUCAGCUACCGAGGCCCUUCGAUCCCAUGGCAAGCGAUUAUCAGGACUGAAGGUGAUAAAAUGGUGAUGUUGAAGACUGUUGAAGAUAAUGCUGGUUUGUCCCGUAUGGCGGAAGAAUACGCUCUUCCAACCGAAAUUUACCAGGACGUGACUAUUGAUGGCUUUACCCUUCAAGUUGUUGAACGGCGCCCACCCCACUUUAACCCAGCUAAAAAGUAUCCCGUUCUUUUCUUUCUCUAUGGUGGACCUGGGUCGCAGACCGUGAAUCGCAUAUUCACAGUUGAUUUUCAAUCAUACGUUGCGUCAAACCUGGGCUACAUAGUCGUGACCGUCGAUGCAAGAGGCACAGGCUUUAUCGGACGAAAAGCACGCUGCAUUGUUCGGGGCGACCUGGGUUACUAUGAAUCCUAUGAUCAAAUUGCUACUGCCAAAAUUUGGGCCAAAAAAGUAUACGUGGACGAGACUCGGAUGGCUAUUUGGGGUUGGAGCUAUGGCGGAUUUAUGACUCUGAAGACCCUCGAACAAGAUGCUGGAGAAACGUUUCAAUAUGGAAUGGCCGUAGCUCCCGUCACUGACUGGAGGUUCUACGACUCGGUCUACACGGAGCGUUAUAUGCACACUCCAGAACACAACCCAAGCGGCUAUCACAAUUCCUCCAUUAACGACAUGGCCGCAUUGCAACAGAACGUCCGAUUCCUGGUGAUGCACGGUACCUCCGACGACAAUGUACACAUCCAAAACACCCUGACCUUGAUCGAUAAACUGGACCUUGCUGGCGUCCAGAAUUAUGAUCUUCAUUUCUACCCCGACUCUGACCACAGUAUUUUUUUCCACAACGCCCAUGCCAUGGUUUACGAACGCCUUUCGAGCUGGCUCAUCAAUGCGUUUAACGGCGAAUGGCACCGAAUCGCCAACCCGAUCCCAGAUGAAUCGAUGUGGAACCGCCUAGCGAAACGAUUUCUCCCCCGUUCUGGCCCAUUGAUCUGGGCAUAGACCACUUUGGCCUCCUUCUAUAUAUCUCUACUGAGGAUAAUAGAUGUGCAGAGCACAUGUAUCUCCUUGAAGCAGAACCUCGUGAAGCGUUUUAGGGUUUAUUUUAUCUAUCUUUGAUUGUUCAGCCUAGCCUAUCCUAUUCUAUUGAUUCGUAUUUAUUAACGUAUUCAUUCCACCAGCACCAAAACACGUGUAAUUUCACUAAAUCUAAUUAUUUCGACGUGUAGGACAUCUAG